GGUGUUGACUGUUGUUGGAUUUCAUCAAGAUAAAGAAUGGCAUCUUUAGACGACGAACCGUUGGAUCUAAAGAAACUAGGAAAAGAAUUGAAGGGCGCUCUGGCAGCAGACGAGGAAUACUGGCUAAGAAAUGAUGCGAAGAUGCGUGCUAUGCAGCAGCGGGUGGGAAGCUAUGAAGAAUUCAGGGACAUCGUAAACGCCGCUCACCUGCGACCGCUCGCUAAGAAGGACAAAGUUCCAGAGAGGCGACUACAGCCUUGGAACAGCCUGGCGUGCGCAAAGCCCUUUGCCACCUUCGACCAGCGCGCGGCUGCAGCCGAGGAAACGCAGUCCCAGUCUCCCACAAAAUCUCAGCAGUUGCCAAAAAAUGGCCACGAGUUUCUCCGGGACUGGAGGCGCGCGAAGGACGCGGAGGGGAGGUUCGACCUGCUGAGGGCGUGCGGCGGGGAACGACUGCGCCGGUUCUUCGACGCCGAAUUCGUCUUCGGACUUCUCGGCGACGUGCUGCCGGUCGCGCGCGAGACAAUGGCGCGCGAUCCGUCCGAGUUUGCCGCCGUAUGCGACGUCCUCCUCGGCGUCGCCCGCACGAAGGGCUUCUCGCUCGCCCUCGAGCUUCUCAGCGCGGCCGAACAGGAGGCGCGCCGGGAGACGAUGGAGCUGCUGGCGUGUCGCGCGGCGGCCGACGGCGGGGCGGAGUGUUCGGAGCUGCUGGCGAGCGUGCGCGAGCAGUACGGCGACGUGCCGGCGACCUCGGAGGAGCGAGAGACGUGACGCGUACUCCCGUGGAAGGAUCGCAGCUAGAGCGACGCAGUCAGAAACAUCGGGGAUUGUCCUUCGCAGUCUCUCACGCGUAUUCGUACGUCAUCUUGGUGUAACGUAUGUUCACGUGCCUCGAUCACCUCUUGCUUGCACUCAUAAACUACCUGGUCGUUGUCCCCUGCUCUUCUUCGUGACCCUAUAUUGCUGUAUUUUUGAACCAGCCGAGAGCCACAGAUUAAAUAAUUGCAGGUUAUUUCACGAGAUGCAGAUUAUUUUAUUAAUGGGUUACUUAGCAAUGGGAAUAUUGAAAAGAGGGCAAUUGGAGGACUUAAUUAGAUUAUUAUAACUAAGGUAUAGUGUAUUGAUAUAUUCUUUUUAGAUUCACUAUAUAUAAUAUAUGUAUUUUAUGUUAUACACCGAUUUCAGGAUAUUGCAUUACUGGUCAGUAUUUUAUUUCGAACAAUUAUUAUGGCCAAGUUUCUCUUGGCAUGCAUAGAAAUUUAGUAAAUUAAACAUUACAUAUAGAUAAAUAUUUUAAGGUGACUUUGUUCCAUUAUAAACGAAUCAUAACAAUCACUGUUAGGAAUAAUAGCAAUGUUAAUGUAUAUCUAUUUGUAUGAAAACACAGUAGAGUGUAGAGAACUCGGCCUUAAAUGGAGACCACUCCAACGUAGUUUAUGUUCGUUUUUCCUCGUGGCAAUUCUAUUUCGAAUUUAACUCCCAAAUCGUUUGCAAAUGGAUUUAUGCACGCGUUAGACUAA